GUGGGACAGAGGGAGAUAGAAAGAGAGCUGUGAUAGAAGAAGAGCAAGAACAGAAACGGAUAUACACAUUAUGAGCCAAUCUACAUAAUCAGAGGCAAGGAGAACGAUAUUUAUAUUUUUUCAUUUUCAAAUGAAACAUAUGUAAUUGAUUUGUAUUAGGGUGAAAGCUGAGAGAGAACAAUAGACACGCUGAUACGCUGCUGAGGAGUAUUAACAUGGAUGCCCAGCCAGACAGCUGCGAGCCCCCACCAUGCGAUUCUCAGCCUCCAGGUAAAAUACGUAAGGCACUGAAGCUGUUCAGCAAACGCAAGCCAGGCAGUGGAGUAGCCAGUAUCUUUUCUGUGCGUGUUAAAGGUGAAGGUGGACUCAAAUCACCCCCAUCAAGGAGCAAAACCCUAGAUGGAUUAACAGAGACAAUGGCUCCAGAAGCAGAGGCAGAAUCAGUGGACCUAGACCAGGAGGACAGUCACAAAGAGGAUGUUGCAUUGGACGAUUCGACAAGCAUGAAGAAUAAUCUGGAGUCAACCUCGACCAGACAAUCCAUCUCUUCUCUCACUUCUGCCAAAUCUCUGAGCUUCCUUAGCAUGCUUCGGCGGAAUCGGAAGGGAGGAGGGGGAGAAAGAGAGGCCCAAACUGAGUCUCACAGAUCUGGGCAGCAAAGGAAAGGCCUUAAAAGUCUGUUUGGGAGUGUACGUUGGCACAGGAAAGACAAGGAGGAGGAAGAUGAUGUUUUACCUGGUCCUCCUCUCCUUGCCUCUCGUUCUAAUAGUGUGGAAAUCAUGAAGGAAAACCUGACCCUGACGCCAAGGCCUGCACGUCACUGUACAGAUGAAUCAGAGUUUGAACCACAACCCCCUCCAUCACAGGAUGACCAUGAGCCUGAGGACACUAAUAAGGUGAGUGGAGCUGCUAAACCAUCAACUAAUGAAAGGCUGAGCACGCUACUUGGAGAUAUCUCAUCCAUAUUGAGCUUGGACUCAUUAGCAGGUGGUGGUGAUAUUGUUGCAGAUGUAGAAGCAGAAUGGGUCAAAGUCAGUAGUCGUGUGGAGGUAGAAGCUGGCACAGGUGAAGCUCUGAAAAAGGAGAAGGCUUUAUUAGCUCCUAAACCUACACUUUCUGCUGCACCUACCCUUAGCUCUACUUCUUCCACUAUACCCUCUCCUACAACAAAACUAAUUUCUUCAUCUACACUACCUAAACCCAUGCCUAGCCCUACAACAAAACAAACAUUUUCACCUCCAUCUACUCCAAGCCCUACUACUUCAACUAAACCUAUCCCAUCCCAUGUAUCUCCCCCUACAUUUAGUCUUACAACAAAACCCGUCCCAUCCCCUGUACUUAGCCCUGACUCUUCCCCUAUUCUAUCACCAAACAUCGUAUCUGUCCCCAUUACCAUCCCUAAGUCCCCUCCAACCACACCAACCUUAACUAUUCCAACCAAACCUACUCUCACCUUUACAUCUCCACUUACCCCUGAGUCAUCACCUAAACCUUCCCCUACCCUUUUUCCUGCCCCUUCCCCUGCUACUAUUUCUAAAACUCUUAUCUCACUCGCAGAAAAAGCUGCAGAGCCUGCUGCUGCUUUUGCCAUCAUAACUGAGCCCACCCAUAGUCCAACAACCAAACCCACCCCAACUGCUUGUCCCACACCUAUAACAAGACCCAUUCACUCCAUAGCCCAGGAUACUAAGCACAGUAGUGCUCCAGUAACCAAAUAUCCUCCAUUCAUCACAUCAACCAAGCCUCUCCCAACCGCUCCAGUGAUCAGACCCAAAAUUGUAACUACAUUUGGAUUAUCAACCAGCCGCAACACUUUACCUAUCAUCAAACCUGAGCCCAAGCAAUCUGCUCAUCAAAUAAAAUCAGGUCCCUUCCAGUCCCAGACUGAAAAAAAUGGGUCAGGGUCAGUUGUCCCAAAGGUGUCACCUGCCGAACCUGGACCUCCUCAUGUUGCUAAACACUUUGCAGCUAGCAAUCAGGCAACCCCUGCAACUUCAUCUGCUACCUCUGAAAACCCUCCACAUAAGCCAGAACUUGUUCAUACUUCUCUACCUUCUGGGUCUUCCCUGCUGCCAACCUUGUCAACCAGGCCUGCUCCAAACAUUGCACCCUGUUAUGUUCCAAGGGGAGAGAAAGGACUAGAAGAUGUGGCAAUCCCAAGAGUGGUGGAGGACCCCCAACCUGCUUCUUCUUAUAAACCAGAGAAGAAGAUCCUAGUUAUGAAGCCCACAACUCUCAGUAAGAUCCCUGUAAGUGGUGGGGGGAAGUCAAAACAGCACCACAAAGAUGCCCAAUCCAAUGGUGAAGAGAGACAGUGGAGCCUCCCAACACCAGUGCAUGAAGAGGAGACCCUGAUUUCUCUCUCCCCGGAGAGCAGCAGCAAGGAUGCCCUGAGUGACCUCUCUACUGAAUCAGGGGCCAUUACCCCAGUCCUACCUUACAGCAAUGAAGAUAUACUAGACUCGGCAGCUCGUCCCACAAUAGGGACAGUCAGCAUGCCCAGGGAGUCCAAAAUUCCCAUCAAACCUGGUUCUACUGCAACCUACCACUCUUUGCAAGGGAAAACAGAGGUAGCACGCUCCAAGAUCCCUGUCUCUAAAGUGCCCAUUCGCCGGACUAGCAAUAAGACUGGACCCACUUCCACAGCUGCUGCCACACGAAAAUAAUGGACUGUUGUAUGCUAUACUGCAAAACACAAAAUAUUCCAUUUACAACUGUUCAGAAUCUUCUGAUAUUUGGUCAUGGAUCGCCAUACUUUUUCACAGCCUCUUGGAUCAGAUGUCCUGAUUGGAAUAAUACAGGAUUUUUACUGUUAUAUUGGACUGACCUGCAUAUCUGUGUUUAAAACUCUGUAUGUGCUGGAUAUUCCAUUUCACAAUGUAUCACUUGAAAAGACACAGAUGUUAUGAAUUUAACAUUUAUGAAUUUAGAAAGCUGUAUGCCACCACGGAGAGAGAGAUCAGCUAAAAGCCCAGUUGGGAUUAUCUCUAUGGUAACUUAACAUGUAAACAGCAAGGCAGACACUGAAGCACAACAGCUCUUGCCUAAGAACUGAAGCCAUGUAGACUUCGCUUGAUGUUUUGCACUCAAGGGAGCACUUCAUAAACCAUGUAAAAUGGAGUGUCAAGGUUAUGUGGUUUCUAACCUGGUCUGAACCAUCAGAGGGGCAUAAGUGUCACCAAUUAUGGGUGCUUUUUCCCUGCCACACAGAAUUUUCUAAUGGAGUUUUUUGGUAGCCUUUGUUACGUGUAUUUUGCAGAUUAUUUUGUCUUUAAGGUUCUCAUCACUUCACUGAACAUUGUGGAUCCAUGAUUGUCUUUCUUGUAACUCUCCAGCUUACACAACAAGGGGCAGAAUCUCUCUCUCUUACAUAUUCUAACAGAAGGACAGGAUGUCACAUAGUAUGUAGCAGAAUGCAUGUCCUACUUUUGCGCCACAGGAGCCAUUGUGCUCCCUUUUUUCUCUCCACAUUCUUUUCUUCUUACAUAUGCUAAAAAACACACUGCCUGUAAGCAACCUUUUAAGUACUGGUCAGUGACACUGUACUUUGCCUUAUGGAUCUAAUUCUUGGGACUUAUUGGAUUGCUUGUCCAUUUGACUGGAGUGCAAAUCAGGUAAUUUAUUUGAAGAAAUAAAACUAUUAGACAGUGAAAGAGUUGUCUUAAAAACAAUGAGAAAAAUAGGUAAGGCUGUAUGGUUGAUGGGGCCUUCAGUCAAACUCAGGAUUGAUAGAUCCAUUUGCCAAUGUCAAAUGCUUUGUGCAUGAGUAGUAGAAGAUUAUUUUUGUGUGUGUGUAUACAUAUGUAUAUAUAUAUAUAUAUAUAUAUAUAUAUAUAUGUGUGUG